AGUUGCAGGAUACUGAAGUGGCUCGUUGUCCUAGUGUGACCAGGUACGGGCAGAUGGCGGCGUUACUAUCAGCUGUUGGGCGCCAGGCAGUGCUCAGGACAACGGGAGCUGUUGCCGGGCUCAGGGUAUUCAGCCAUGGAACACCGGCGUUGUCAAGUGAGAACAAAGAAGCCCCUCAAGCAAAGUUUUUCCCAUCAUUUCAGACUGCAAUGCUGCCUCCUGAUACAUUCAAAGGAAAGGUGGCCUUUAUCACUGGAGGUGGCACUGGCCUGGGCAAAGGCAUGACAACAGCCCUGUCCAGGUUGGGAGCCGAAUGUGUUAUAUCCAGCAGAAAACUGGAUGUUCUAAAGGAAACUGCAGCAGAGAUCACAGCAGAAACUGGAAAUAAGGUCCAUGCUCUUCAGUGUGAUGUCAGAGAUCCAGAGUCUGUUAAGAAAGCUGUGGCAGAUCUCAUUCAAGUGGCAGGACAUCCGAAUGUUAUAAUAAACAAUGCGGCGGGGAAUUUUAUUUCUCCAUCUGAAAGACUUUCUGCUAAUGCCUGGAGAACGAUCACAGACAUUGUUCUUAAUGGCACAGCUUACGUAACUCUUGAGGUUGGGAAAGAGCUCAUUAAGGCAGGAAAAGGCGCCGCAUUCCUGGCUAUUACAACAAUCUAUGCAGAGAGUGGCUCUGGCUUUGUUGUUCCUAGUGCUUCUGCUAAAGCUGGCGUGGAGGCAAUGUGCAAAUCACUUGCAGGUGAGUGGGGAAGAUAUGGCAUGCGGUUCAAUGUUAUACAGCCUGGGCCCAUAAGAACCAAGGGUGCUUUUAGUCGCCUGGACCCCACUGGAGCCUUUGAAGCAGACAUGGUAAAGAGGAUCCCUUUGGGACGUUUGGGUACAGUAGGGGAAAUAGCGAAUCUGGCAGUGUAUCUCUGCAGUGACUACGCAAACUGGGUGUCUGGGGCGAUUAUAAGAAUGGAUGGUGGUGAAUAUGUGUCAAUGGCUGGAGAAUUUAAUAGUUUGACAAAGGUACCCAAUGAACAGUGGGACAUUAUGGAAAAAUUAAUCAGGAAAACAAAAGGCUCUUAACUACAUUUACUAUCAAAUCCCGAAAUUGUUCGAGGAGAACUAGGGGGAUGUAUUUGGAGCACUUAAUUUCAGUUCCCCCUAGCAGGUAUAUACAGAAUCAUUAUGUAGUCUGCAGCUGGUUAUGCCUUAAAAAAAAUGUAGCUUAACAAUUGUGAUCACCCAGAAUUUUUCAAGGAAGGGGUUACAACUGAAGAAGUCUUUGUAAGUAAUAAAAUGUAGAGCAUUAUUUUUUUUGUAUCUGAAAUAAAAAAAAGCAAAAAGUA